ACACACACACACACACACACACACACACACACACAGACACAGACGGACACACAGACACAGUGUGAAAUGCAGUCUUUAUUCCAGACAGAUUACAGACAGACAAACAAAACACAGGCGUGUAUUAACUCUGAGGAGACGCUGGAUUGAUAAAGGAGCACUUUGAGCAAGAGUUCCAUCAUGGCGGCACCCCGCAUCUCUCGCUCUGGAGCCUUGGAGGAUUACUCUCUGUACAGUAGCCUGAGUGACGACGAGCUGCUGCAGCUCGCCAUCGAGCGCAGUCUGGAUGAAACAUCCUGCAACACUGCCCACGCCAUCACUGCUGCUCCUGCUACCGCACCUCUGCACCAACCUGACAGCAGCAGACAAUACCCUGCAGCCAGGAACACCAACCGAGCCAGCCACAGCUCCCGCAAUCUACUUGCAAACUACAGCUCCCACAAUCCACCUCCAGCCCAGACCGCUGUACACUACAGUUCUCCAAAUCCUCCCCGUGAACAGCCUCCUGAUCCGAAGACGUUUAAUGGGACAAUCAGUCGCUUUGUGACGGGUUCUGGGAAGCGAAUGGUGGCGUAUCGCAGGCCUGACGACACUGUGGUCUACGUGGGUCCGGAACCUGAAGAGGAGGAGGAGCCUCUAUUCCAAGCAAUCCGUGUUGGUGAUUCAAGCAGAGUGAAAGCGCUGACGAUGCAUGGAACAAACCUGAUGCUGCCGAGUAAACCGGGCUGGCUCGCCACCCACCAGGCGGCACUUUAUGGUCAGGACACCUGUCUGAGGAUACUGCUGUCAGCUCAGCAGGGGAUGCUCAACAAACAAACCAUGCGUGGUGAGACGGCGCUGAUGGUCGCCAUCGGCAAAGAGCGGCUGAAGUGUGUUCAGAUGCUGCUGGAAAACGGAGCGGACCCCAACAUCCCAAACAACGAAAAAGAGACUCCACUCUACAAAGCCUGUGAGAGGAACAGCGCUGCGAUGGUGGCGAUGUUGUUGAACCAUGGUGCGGUGGUGAACACUCGUUGUAUUCUGGGCUGGACGGCCCUGCAGGAGGCGGCGAAUCGAAACAACGUGGAGAUCUGUGAGAUGCUGCUGAAGGCUGGAGCCAAACACGAACUCACCAACGUGUACGGCAUCUCGCCAAUGUUUACUGCUGCUCAGACCGGGCAGAUCGCCACUCUGCGCUGCCUCCUCAAACACGGUGCAGACAUUAACAGUCAGGCUGCUGACGGAGCCACCGCUCUGUAUGAAGCUGCUAAAAAUGGACACGGACAAAUCGUGGAGCUUCUCCUCUCUCAGAACGCUGACGCCAACAAACCUGGAAAGACGGGGUUGUUACCGAUUCACAUCGCCGCCCAGAGAGGAAGUGAGAGUAUUGUCUCCAUGUUGAUACCAGCCACCAGUAAGGCCAGAGUCCGGCGGUCUGGCAUCAGCCCGCUCCACCAGGCCGCUGAACGUAACCGUGACGACGUCCUGGAGCUUUUGAUCAAGGCGGGCUUUGAUGUUAAUGCUCAGCUGUCUGAGGAUCGGUGUAAGCUGUACCAGGACCGCCGCAGCACGGCGCUCUACUUCUCCGUCAUCAACAACAACAUCGACGCUGUGCACAUGCUGCUGAAGGCCGGCGCCAACCCAAACCUGGACAUGUUUAGGCCGCUGAUGGUGGCGGCGAGGCAGGGCUGCAUCCAGACCGUCACCAUGCUAGUGGAGCACGGCGCCGACAUCAACGCCUCCAUCCCCACACACCCCACCACGUUCCCCGCUGUCUACAUGUUCUCCAUGAAGUACCUGUCCAUGUUCAAGUACCUGCUGGACCACGGAGGCCACGCCCUCCCCUGCUUCAACUGUCUCUACGGCAACGGACCUCAUCCACCAAUCAAAACCACUCGAUCAGACAGAGACUUCAACGAAGCCGACAGAGUCCCCCAGCAGAGCAGAGGAGUUCAGUUCUGUGAGAUGAUCUCGGCCCCGAGUAUCUGUCGGUGGGCGGGGCCAAUCAUCGACGUCCUGUUGGACUACGUUGGUAACGUGACACUCUGCUCCAGACUGAUGGAACACCUGGACAGUUACUCUGGCUGGAGCGUCAUCAAGGACAAAGCAGAACCUCCGCGGUCACUGUUGCAGCUUUGCCGGCUGCAGAUUCUGCAGCUGGUUGGACCUCGCCGUCUGAAGAGGUUGCCGCUGCCUGGAAGUCUGAUCCGCUUCCUGCAGCACCAGGAGAGACCUGACGAGGAGGACUGAAGGAAAUCCUGAUGUUUACUCUUCACUCAGCUGACUGAUGGAGGGUAUUGAUUAGUAUUAAUUAGUACUGAUUACUUGGGACAUUUAACAUGAUGAAAACAUGAAGAGACUGAGCGACUCCACACUGUUUCUUUUAAGAUGUUUCAGGAAGUAGUCUGUGACGCUUUUCUUGUCAUGAGUAGAUCCGGGAAUUCUACAACACAUCCAGGUGUUUCCAGGUGUUUCCAGGUGUUUCCAGGAGGCUUCAGUUCCCUCUUUAAUGGUGUAACUUUAAACAUAUAAGUUUUUUGUCAUUACGCAUCAUGACGUUGUUUAUCUGCAGUUUAAUUGUUUAUUUUAGGUGUAAAGAUGUGAUAAAGCUGUAAAAUAGAUUCUUUGCUACAAACUAAUAAAAUCUUAGUUCAUAA